GCGUGGCGUGAGUGAUGCGCCCCUCGUGUAGGUGGCGGCGCCGGGAGUGAGUGUAACUAUUAGUAGUGUGGUUCUCGCCAGCACCACACUCCCGUGCCCGCCCUCACCGCGACCACUACGACCUCCGAGCUCCUGUACCACUGACACAGCCAACACAAACUCUAAUAAAUAUCCCUCUAUGCCAGCCCCCAGGAGGUAGCGGCCGGCCCCAAACCCGACAACAUUAAUCUCUGAACCCAAACCAUAAUUCACUUGAUGGAAAAUAUCGAGUUGACUCUCUAGCUUGGACUUAGUCUCUGAGUUUCCCCGGAUGAACUCUGACUAACCUGAGGCAGCCGUGUGUGACACAGCCUGGGCCGUGACGUUGCUCUGCCCCGCCAGGUCAGGUUGGGUCCUGCCACCAACAGUUCGGGCAGCCUCACGUCUAGGUUCCUGGUGUCACACACAGCCUCCGUGUAGGAGCGCACGUGUCUCUAUCCCUCCCUCAGUAGCCUCCACGUCCCGUCGUGGUUCGGUUGUGUCCCAUCACUGCUCCUGUGUUGACCUCCGCCCUCCCCCUAAACGGCACUUCCUGCCCUCACACUCUUCUCCGGGUUACUCUCAGUGUGUACACGUGUCCCCCAAGUACUGAAGCUUAACCCGAGUUACACCAGCCCGAUCUGAGAGCUGGACCACGUCUUCAGCCCACGCCUCCCCCAGGAGGUGCGUGGUGCUGCCCUCCGUCAGUAGUGAGCCCAUGUGGGUGUAGGGCGUCAUGGAGGUAGCAAGGAUACCUGCUGCUGUGUUCACCUCACCUACAGGUAGCCACCACCGUCGCCACAACUUAACAGCUUAAAGGUGAGGUCCGCCAGUGCAGGUGAUGGAGGUAGACAAGGCAUCUACUAUGUCGGAGCAAGAGACCAGUAGAAGCCCACACAGCAGCACCUCAGAGGCUGGGGGCACCGUUGAGGACAGGGCAGAACCAGCACAAGAGCCCUCCGAUAAUCCGUGUUCUUCAGAUUUAAAUAGUUGUGUUAGUAGUGAUAGUGGCAUGGGAAAUACCAUAUUUUCAUCUCCAGAAAAAUGUGAUAAUGAGACGAAUGACUAUUGUGAUGACAAUAAAGACAGUGACUGCUGUGAUCCCACCAAACUUGAGAUAAAGAGUGAAACAUUGAAAGAUAAAAACACUGAUGAUAUUAGAAAAGUUAUUCUUUGUGAAACUGAAGAAGUUCAUAUAGAUGCCUCAGAAUGUCAAAAUGCUACAAAUAGUACUGCUCCUAUGGCAGAGUUGAGAGGUCGUGUGGACACAGCUGAGGAGAAUGUUUCUUCCUGUGUUAAAGAGCCAUUACUGGCAGAACCAGAGACUUGUAUAAGUAACAGUAGUAAUGAUACAAGUGAUGACACCGUAGUGACAGUAAAUAGGGUGGGAACGAAUGACAAAAAUGAUGAGGUUAGAGAUGACAUGAAUAGUGAGACAGAGAGUGAGAAUAGGCAUGAAAGUGAGAGAAACAUUGACAAAGAUUGUGAAACUGAGAAAGGCACUGAGAAAAAUUGUCAAACAAAGACAAAUGGUGAAGAAAAAUUACCACCUGAAGACAGUUGUGGGAAUGAGAAAGACAGUGAUAAAAAUUGUGAAAAUAAAAGAGAUAUUGGAAUUAAAUUAAUACCUAUUGGUAAACACGAUGAGUGGGAAUUAGAAAUACCAGUAGGUAAUAAGUUUGAGGGAACGGAGUCGGUCUUAGAAAUUAACGAUGAGCCGUGUAAACAUUCGAUAUUAACAGAGAAGGACCACGAAACAAAGGUGCCGUUGGUGUGUCAGAAUGGUCAGACUGUUUCUAAAGAUGGGGUGAAUGGCGGGCUGGGGAUUGACCUGGACGCCAUAAGAGACACAGACUCGGAAGCUGGUGAAUCUUGCUAUAGCGAAGACCACGACCACAGUGCUGCCUGCCAGGGGGAAAACGGUUGUAUGCAUCAGGACAGUGUGAGUGAUACGGAGCAAAAUUGGGAUUAUGUAAUAGAUGAGGAGUUUAAUGUGCCAAGAAAUCCUGUUUUUAAUGGUUCUGCCGACCAGUUGGAGAGAAGAAGUAGCUUGAAGAGGAAAGCCAGUGAGGAACCUGAAGAAGCUACACCGCCCAAGUGUAAACGAGGCAUCCAGUUUGAAGGUGUGACGGUUUUCUACUUUCCGCGGUCACAGGGCUUCACCUGUGUUCCUUCUCAAGGUGGCUCUUCAUUAGGGAUGUCCCGCAGACACUCUCACAUUCGUCAGUUCUCCCUGGCAGAACACGCCGUAGAACAGAGGCGGGCGCACAGGGAGUAUCUCAUGAGGCUACGACAGCAGCGGUCAGCACGGGAGCGGAGAGACAGCAGCAGUCGUGGCAGCAGUUCAGAGGACAGUGAAGAAAAUAGCGAGGAGGCGAGCGACCUUUCUGACUCGGAAUUGGAUGCCGACUCCUACUAUUUUCUACAGCCAUUACCAAUCCGUCAGCGACGAGCCCUCUUACGUCAGGCUGGAAUCUGUCAUAUUGAAGGGCUGGAGAAGGAGGAAUGUAAAGACAUUAGGAUUUCACGAGAAAUGUGUGGGUGUCAGUGUAAAGUGUACUGUGACCCUGACACCUGCCAGUGUGCUGAAGCUGGGAUCAAAUGUCAGGUUGACCGACACAACUUCCCCUGUGGCUGUUCUCGAGAAGGCUGUGGUAAUGCCUAUGGCAGGAUAGAAUUUAAUCCAAUUCGUGUGCGUACACAUUUCAUCCACACAUUAAUGCGUUUAGAAAUAGAGAAACGACAGCAUCAUCAGCAGCAGCACCACCAACAACAGCAACAGUGGCAGCAUCAACAAAGAGUCAAGUGGCUGGCAUCAUCCUCACCACCCCCUAAUGGGUUCAGUAGCAGUGGAAGUGGUCUUGCUACUGGAAACCUGCCAUUCUUUGAAGGUGGGAGGGAGUCAAGUGGUCUGGCCGUCACCGACAUCCACAAAUUCAACUCAUCUGUUGAGAUGGCACCGUGUGUUGGGUCGAUGAAUGCCCAGCUGUAUCCCCACUUUGAGUCUCGGCAGAUGUUAGGACCUGGAGCCCCGCCCUCUGUGUACAUCCAGCAUGACAAUGUAGGUGACUACAACUCUGGGACUUGCUCUGUAUUUGGUGGAUUGGGUACAGCCUUUGACCCAUCUGCCCCAUAUGGGUCCUGCCACAGUUUUCCUCCUUCUAGCGUGGUGCCUCCACAAGUGGUGCCUCCGCAGGUACCACCCCAAGUACCUCCUCCCCAGCCUACACCAGAGGCCUACAACUCUCUCUCCAAGUUCACCAAUUCUACCAAUCUGGUGUCCACUUCCUUUCCAUACUCUGGUGCUGUAGCUCCUGCCCCUGUCCCUGCCCCUGUUAAUUGCUCCUAUACUCAGAACAACUUUUGUAUGCCUGGGGUGCAUGACAACUCCACUGCUACAGUCUUUGGACAGUACCAUGAACCUGGUGGUUCAACACAAAAUUUGUUUAAGACUGAUGUAAAUGAAUGCAGUGAUUUUCAACCCAACUUUGAGGCUAUUUCCUCCUCUUCUGCCUCUCCAGACAAAACCAGCAGAUACAUUCCAGCAACUUCCUUAGUUGGACCAAGCAAGGAAAUCUGCAGUGAUUACUCAUCAGGAGCAACUUCAAAUGGGUGCUCUGGGAUGGUUGGGGGAAGCUACAAGGUAGAGAGUUCAUCAACGGAUGUGUCACACGGUAGUGCUGUCGACACCACACAGUCUGAGCAAGUGUUGCCUACCCAGUCCAUCAACACACCUUCACCACCACUAAACUUUGAUACCAGUCACCUUGGGAGUUCAAACAAAGAUUCACUCAUGAAUAAUAGUGAUGAAGAUUCUACUGAAGCAACCGAAAACUUAGGAGAAAUUGUUAAGAAGUCUAUGGUUGAAACAGUGUCUGCUUAAGACUUUGUAAGAGGAUGAAUUAGGUUUGUAGUGUUUUUGAUUAAAUUUGUCAAAUUUGAAUAUAAGACCAAGGUAUCACAUAGAGGACAAUUUUGAUAAACACUAGCAAGGAUCUCAAUAAGGGGUUUUCUUUCUAUAUUAGAAAUAAAAUUGACCUUAUUGCAGUACUAUCUAAUAUUUUUGAUAGCUAAUUCUAUAAACAUUUGUUGAUUCCUUCAGUGCAGUGAACAAUAGAUAUUCUUGUCCCAAAGCAAAGUGUCCCAGCUUUUUAAGGUGAACUUCCCAUUGUUCUUAACUAGACUGAGGAGGAUGAUUACAGAUGUCAUGAAGUGAAGCACUGUAAGAACUGGUUCUUGCACUAGUUUAAAAUGCUCAAAUGUUUGCCUCAUCUUAAGGAAUGAGGUCCACGUUUUAUCAGUUUACACACCAAUUUGAAGAAAAUAUAUCCACAAUUGAGUAAGAAAGAUAUUUCUUUUAAGGAAGUGUAUACAAACACACACUGUGGGAAACCAUCACUCAGUGGAUAGUAGUGAAGCCUGUGCAUUGCUCCAUUCAAGACAGUUGUCUGGUAUCACAUACAAUGACCGUUAACAGUUCAAGGUAAUGUUUCAUUUGGUGCUCAUAUUGAAUUUUGUGUAUAAAAUAUUUUAAUUUUCUUCCUUUUUUUUAUUAUUGUUACUACAAGUGUUUAAUGUUGGGCAAAAUUUACAAGUUUUAUUCCUUUAUUUUCUUUUUCCCAACUUUUAGUUGCACACUGUGAUGUACAGUCAGUCCUCGACUUACGACAGGGUUAGGGACCGACGACCAGGUCGGAAGUCGAAUUGGUGGUAAGUCGAAAAUGCGAAAGUAAUACAUAGAAAAUCUAAAAUGGGUGUCUGUUUUUC